AAAAAAGAUAAAAAAACGGGAGAACAAGUAGCCCAAUGAAAAAAAUAGCACCAACGUUGGAGGGGACUCCAUUCUUUCUGUUCGUUAGCACUUAGCCACAGCAAGUAUUUCUCUUCUUCUUUUGGAAUUAGCCAUAGCAGCAGGAAAGAACUAAGGAGGUUCCUCAACUUCACAUUUCUUUGAUUUCUCUCAAUUCAAUUUAGAUUCCAAGUGAUGAUUGGACAAGUUGUUUUUGGAGCAGAACUCUAAUUCAAGAGUGUUUAUCUGGGAACUUACAUGAAAUUUGGAAUGGCCAAGAGCUUCUGAGGUAUCCCCGUGUCCAUGGUGAACGUGAAGGGCCUCGCUCGCCUGAAGAAACAGGACCCGAAGGGGUCGGGACAGGGCAACCAGAAGCCCACCACUGCCCUCUUCAAGAAAGCCGAGGGCGAUGCCGCUGCCAGCAAGAGGAAGGCGGCGACCAAGGGGUCCCCCCCGGCUACCAAAAAGCCGAAGAAGGGGGAUAUCACCGAUAGGGAGCCCCCGGUCAUGAUUGUUGAUGAGCACCCCGCCUCCGGGGUGCAGGUGGAGAAGCCGUCGGGUGGAACGCCGGCGGGGGCAGAGGAGUUGCUACCUGAGGUCCUCCAAGUUUCGUUUCCGAGGGGUACAUCUCUGGCCAGCGGCGCUGUCGACCCGGGGGCCAUCUUGAGGGGCAUAACCCCUGAGACGGAUAGGGCUGCCCUCAGGGCUUAUAAUGAUGCGGCCCUCGAGGACCACAUUUUCCGCUCCUCCCUCUCUGCUUGUCUAGCCCUCGGUGAACAGGCCCGGAGGCUUCAAGAAUGGCGCCUUCACAAAGCGGAGCAGGACGUCAAAAUGAGGGAGUGUAUCCUCAAGAACAAAGAGGCGGUGAAGCUGGGGGCCAGGCUAGAAGAGGAGCUUCGGCAGAUGAACCUAAAAUUGGAGGCUGCAGAAAAGGGCAAGGCUGAUGCUGAGGCCGCUGCUGAGGAGGCCAGGAGAGCUGCCAAAGAGGCCGAGGAUUCCAAGGCGUCAGCCAUCGCCAAGGCUCAGGAGGAGGCCGUUGACGCCUUCGUCGCCGAGGGUUGGAGAGCCGAGGGGCGCAAGAUGUGGGUGUCCUCGGUCGUGGAGGCAUGCGUUGAUGAAUGGGCCGAGGGCCCUGGGUGGGAAUGGAUGGCCCGGAAGGGCAGAGAAUAUUAUGAGGCCGGCGAAUUCUUCACCCAGGCCCUCAUCUAUCGGAGGAUGGCCUGACACUUGGGUAUUGAGCCAAAGGAUUUCGCCCCCUCGGCAUAUGGCCUCCCUCCCCUGCAGCCUGAUGUCCGUGAAUCCCUUCCCGAAGGUGUACAACGGCCCGACCUUGAGGACACAGAGCUGAAGAAAGAGGCUGAGGACGACGCUGUUGAGGCCGGAGCGGAGGUAUCGUCGAGGCCGGCUGCAGAGGACGCCCCGGGGAAUGAUGAUGUCGUAGUUGUUGAGUGAUUUUAUACUUAGGAAUGUCUGAACAUAUUUUGUAAUGAACAUCAUUGAUGUAUGAAUAGUUGACCGGGGGGGAAAAUAUGUAGGACUUAGAAAAUUUUCUAAGCGAAGAUUUUCCCUCGGGAGCCUUCGGGAGAUGGCAUCCCUUCUUGAUGCAUAGCCUUCGACUGUCCUAU